CAAGAAUACUGCCACUCAUCAAUUCAUUUCUACAUCCACCCAUCAACAAACCAUUUCAUUCAUCUUUUUAUAUACUAAAAAUUAUGUCAAUUGAUAUAUUUAGUAUAAAAUUUAAACCAAAUAAAUAAACUUUUGUUGACUCAACUUCUUCUUAUAUAUAGGAGUAUUUGGUAACACCUCUCUCACACACACACACUCUUUUUCUUAACUUCCAUCAUAUAUUUCCAUGGCAGCCAACAUAGCAGAAAGGGUGCAUUACCCAUUAGACUCAUCCUCAUACAAAAUCAUCGAUGAGAUCGGCGCCGGAAACAGCGCCGUCGUCUACAAAGCACUCUGCAUCCCCAUAAACUCCACACCAGUCGCCAUAAAAUCCAUAGACUUAGACCGAUCACGCCCCGACCUCGACGAUGUUCGACGUGAAGCAAAAACUUUAUCACUUCUGUCUCACCCCAACAUCCUCAAAGCUCACUGUUCCUUCACCGUCGGCCGCCGUCUUUGGGUGGUUAUGCCGUUUAUGGCCGGAGGUUCAUUACAAUCCAUAAUCACUCAUUCUUUCCAAAACGGUUUAACUGAAGCAUGCAUAGCCAUUGUUCUGAAAGACACUCUGAAUGCUCUUUCUUAUCUUCAUGGUCAAGGUCACCUUCAUAGAGAUAUCAAAGCUGGUAAUAUCCUUGUUGACUCAAAUGGGUCAGUCAAACUUGCUGAUUUUGGUGUCUCAGCUUCAAUUUAUGAGUCAAACAAUAGUUCAGGAGGAGGAUCAGUAGCAUGUUCUGCUUCAUCUUCAUCUUCUAAUUCUACUUCUUCUUUUAUGUUUACUGAUUUUGCUGGAACACCUUAUUGGAUGGCUCCUGAGGUUAUUCACUCUCACAAUGGUUACAGUUUCAAAGCUGAUAUUUGGUCUUUUGGUAUAACUGCUUUGGAGUUAGCACAUGGAAGACCACCACUUUCUCAUCUUCCUCCUUCUAAGUCAAUGAUGCUUAAUAUCACUAAGAGGUUUAGAUUUUCUGAUUUUGAUAAAUAUAGUAAAGGUCAUGGAGGUAGCAAUAAAUUCUCAAAGGCUUUUAAGGAUAUGGUUGCUUCUUGCUUGAAUCAAGAUCCUACUAAAAGACCUUCUUCUGAGAAGUUGCUUAAACACCCUUUCUUUAAAAACUGUAAAAGCUCGGAUUUUUUGGUGAAGAAUGUGUUGCUUGGAUUGCCUAGUGUUGAGAAAAGGUAUAAUGAAAGCAAAGUUGUGGAUCCAAAUUCAAAGGGUAGUGAUGAUGAUGAUGAAGAUCCAGGGAUGCAGGGAAAUGUGAAACAGAGAAGAAUUAGUGGUUGGAAUUUCAAUGAAGAUGGGUUGAAACUUGAGCCGGUUUUCCCAAAGGAUCACUGCAGAGAUGAUGUAGUGAAACAAGUUCGGUUUGAAGAAGAAAAAGUGAUCAAAGAGCAUGAUGUUGUUGCAUCAGGAACUGUGAUGGAACCAAAACCGAAUACUUCUUCUGAUGUGGUUGAUCAUGAUGAGUCUCUUGUGGUGGAAAAAGUAGGUAGUAAUAUUGGAGGAAGGGUUGUGAACAACCGUGAAGCUAUGUUGGGAACUCUGAAUGUGUUGAAAGGGAGCUUGGAACAAGAGUUGGGACAAGUCAAGUUUCUGAUGAAUCUAAUUGGUGGAGAAGAGAUUCAUGUGGCUGAUAGUGAGGAGCAAAUGGUGCAGGAGAUUUCUAAGUUGAGAACAGAAUUAGAAGUUGAGAGGAAGAAGAACUUGCAGUUGGAGUUGCAGCUGGAGAAUAUCAAGCUUCACCUUUCUUCUGCUGUUAAUAGUCCUAAAAGUUAAUUUGAUCAUGUGCUUUUAUAAUUUCUCUGAAUAAAUCGUUUGUUUGCAAUGUUUUGUAAGUUGUGUACAUUUGCUUUUAUAUAUGUGUGUCACAUGUGUGUUUCUUAAAUUUAGAUAUUCUAGUGAAGCAGAUGAGGGAUCUAUGUAACCGUUGUGAAGAAUCUAAACUCGUGUUAAAGAAUUUAAAUCUCUAGUAGUUGGUGUAA